AUUUUGUUCAGAAACUCUGUCCUGAGAGGGGAUUAAAGAAGGCAUCCAGCAAGGACUGAACAAGGAAGGGAGGCAUCAGUGGAACAAGGGUAGUCUUCCGCUGCCUCCCAGAAGGAUGGAGGUGUACAACGUGUCUGUUCCCUUCAACUUCUCCCUGCCACCUAACUUUGGCAAGCGCCCCACGGACCUGGCACUGAGCAUCAUCCUGGUGUUCAUGCUGCUCAUCAUUAUGCUCUCUCUGGGCUGCACCAUGGAGUUCAGCAAGAUCAAGGCUCACUUGUUGAAGCCUAAGGGGCUGGCCAUCGCCAUGGUGGCCCAGUAUGGCAUUAUGCCCCUUACUGCUUUUGUGCUGGGGAAGGUCUUCCAGUUGAACAACAUUGAGGCACUGGCAAUCCUGAUUUGUGGCUGCUCACCUGGAGGGAACCUGUCCAACAUCUUCAGUCUGGCUGUGAAGGGGGACAUGAACCUCAGCAUCGUGAUGACCACCUGCUCCACCUUCUUUGCCCUGGGAAUGAUGCCUCUCCUCUUGUAUAUCUACUCCAAAGGGAUCUAUGAUGGCAGCCUGGAGGAUAAGGUGCCCUAUAAGGGCAUUAUGAUAUCAUUGGUCAUGGUUCUCAUCCCUUGCACCAUAGGAAUCAUCCUCAAAUCUAAACGGCCAAAAUAUGUACCUUACAUUAUGAAGGGAGGGAUGAUAAUCACUCUCUUAUUCAGCGUGGCGGUCACAGCCCUCUCCAUCAUCAACACAGGGAAGAGCAUCAUGUAUGCCAUGACACCACACCUGCUGACAGUCUCCUCCCUGAUGCCUUUUAUUGGCUUCCUGCUAGGCUACAUUCUCUCUGCUCUCUUCUGUCUCAAAGCAAGGUGCAGACGCACCAUCAGCAUGGAGACAGGAUUCCAAAACAUUCAACUCUGUUCCACCAUCCUCAACGUGACCUUUCCCCCUGAAGUCAUUGGGCCACUUUUCUUCUUUCCUCUCCUCUACAUGAUUUUCCAGCUUGGUGAAGGGCUUCUCUUCAUUAUUGUCUUCCGGUGCUACAAAAAAUUCAACCCUCCCAAGGAGAAAACAAAAAUGAUCUAUACAGCUGCCACAAAAGAAGCAAUUUCGAGAGCUCAGGAAAAUGGCGUCCACAAAGGGGAAGAGUGCUCCCCUUGCACAGCCUAGCCCUUCCGACGGCAGCCUGGAUUCUGGGCAGAUGGCAACUGAGAAAGCCAGUGUGCUCAACUACAGGGCAGCAAAAACAAAACAAACACCAGGCUUGUCUUUCUCUAGCACUUCCAAACCACCUCAAUUCUUACAAAGAGAAGAUUCACCUCAGCAGAAUCAAGGGUUGGUCUGCAGGACAAAGGAAGACUCGCCUAUCCCCUGCUUGUACUGGUUAAAAAAAUAAGACUUAUUCAGUGACUAUAAACUCUAUGAAGGCAAAAAAUAAUCUGCCUUUUGCCCUAGACCUCUGAAGAGUGCCUAAUUAGCAUAUAAAACUCCAUUUCUGGGCUAAUCAAUAAUGGCAUGUUUUACCCAUUAAUCAAAUACUCAAAUCUCCAAGUUUUUUGACCCAAAAGGAAAUAAAUGCUCAAGAACACUGCAGAAUUAGCACAUUACAAAAGUUCUAAUAAAAGAUCAUAUUUCCUUUCUCUUUGA